AUGAACUUGGAAUUUAAAUAAUAAUGUUCUAUUCAUUAAAAGGAGAUUCUAUUAUUCAAUUUAAAAGAAACUAUUCCUUCAUAAAGAAAGUUAUGCCUCAAGUGUUUAACUGAAUAAAAUCCAGAGUUAGUAUCAAUUUCUGAUUUUAAUAGUCAGGUAAUGUCUAUUCAUGAUUAAAUGAUCAAACUUUAAUCAAAUAGUUAAGGAAUCUUUAGCAAUGCCACAACAGAUGAUGAUUAUUAAUGGCUUCGUUAAGUUUCUUAGAAAAUUUCAAAUAUUACUUGCAAUAAACAUGGAUAAGAUUCCAUUAUAAUCAACAAAAGAUGUUAAGCUAAUAACAAGUUUUGCCUUCAAUGUAUAGCUGAAAUUUAAAGUGGUUAUAUUCUAAUUGAUGAACUCAUAACAAUACUGCUAAAAAUAAAAAAAAAUAUAUUAGAAGAAGCCAAUGAAAUUAAAGAAUUCAAAAUUUAUAUUUUUAAAAAAUAGAAAGAACUGUUAAUAAAUUAUAAAAAUUAAAUUGAAUAAAAAAUUAAUAAAUUUCUUUAAAGAAUAGAUUAAUUAAUAGAACUUGUUGCCAAAUCUUAUUGUAAUUAAAAAGAUUUUAUAGAAAAAAUAUCAAUUGAUGAUAUUGACUUGAUGAUUGAUCAGCUUUGUUAAACUUAAGUAAAUCAAACUAAUUUUGAGGAAAUCAAGAAAAUUUUGAUAGAAAAUAUUGAAAAUCUUUAGUUACAGGAGGAAAUUUAACAUUUAAAAUUGUGGACUGAUAAAUUACUUUUGGAGAACUCUAAUUAAACAUUUGAUUUUAUUAGCUAAUUUAGAUAAACCGGCAAAAUUGAAUUAUAAUUACCUAAAUUCAAAUUUAAAAAAAUUUCAUCACAAGUACAAAUAGGUUGGUGUGAUACUAUUGAAAUUAAUAAAGAAUCUACUUUAAUUCUUUUGGGCUGCCAAACCGAUAUUAAAGCUUGUCAAUUUAAAAAUGGUUAGAUAAAAUAAAUUUGCAAAUUUCAUGGACAUGAAUGGAUUGUAACUUGUUUAAAGUUUAUGUCACAAUCAAAUUAUUUUAUAUCUGCUGGAAGGGACAAAAAAAUUAAAAUUUGGUUAAAUGUUGGAAUGGCUUAACAAAAAGAAAUAGCAGUUCUGGUUGGUCAUAAAAAUCUUAUAACUUGUGUAAUAUCAAAUUUAGAUGAAAGUCUAAUUAUUUCUAGUAGUGAAGAUUGGACAAUAAAAUUUUGGGCAAAAUUCAAUAAAUGGAAGUGUAUUUAAACUAUAACAAAUCAUACAGAUAGUGUAUUUAGUUUAUGUUUGAGCAAUUCAGGUUAAAAAGUUAUCUCUUGUGGAAAGGAUGGAUAAAUUUUAGUAUUAUAACAAAUAUCUUAAGGCAUUCAACAAACUUGGAAUGUUGUAUAAACUAUUACAGAAUAAUGGGGAAGAAGGUUAUGUUUUAUUGGCGAAAAUCGUUUUACUUUCUAACCAUAUUGCAAAGAAAUCAUGUGUAUAUUUGAUUUUAAUAAAACAAAUGGAGAGUUUAUAAAAAUAAAAGAAGUAAAAGUAGCAGGAGGAAAAAUUUGCAGCUAAUUCUUUCAUUAAUAAUACUCAAAUAAAAAAUCAAUACUAGUGAGUAAAAAUUGCAGAUCUAUAAAUAUUAUGGAAAUAUAAGAGAUUGGUGAUUGCCAUUAGGUUUAAACCCUUGAUUUUGAUACUUAAUUUAUUUAUGGCGCGAUUAAUAAUGAUGGCGAAUAUUUAAUUGUUUGGGAUUAGAAUAAAAAAACAAUUGAUACAUUGAAAUAUACUUAACUUAGUUGA